AUGAGCAGUCCUACGCCAGACCCUCGAAGCUGGACGCCGUCACCGGAGAGGACAACGUCCCCUUCGACAGAUAGCCGGCCGACCAAGACCCACAUCAACCCUUUCGUGUGGCUCAUCAUCAUCGUGGUCUUGGUCGUUGUCAGCGCUGGCUUUGCACUCAUCACCAUGCGAAAGGCAGAGUACGCCGCAAAAUUGGCCCAGGACCCCGUUUGCCGAAGCCACGACUGCUUGGAGCACGCUUCCCACCUUAGGAUCUCCAUGGACACCAACGCCAAUCCCUGCAAGAACCUCUACAACUACGUCUGCACUUUCUGGUACAGAGACUACAGCUACAAGGACCCCCAAGACAUUGAGACGAUGCUUACCGACAACAUCCUCCACACCCUUACCUCUGGGAACUUGGACUUGCAGAGUAAAGCAGUAGCCAGGGCGUUCCGAAUGUUCCAGUCGUGCAUUCAUAGGAAGGACGACCUGGACGCUUUCAAGCGAUUUAUCACAGACAUGAGAAUUCCAUGGCCUGAAGAACCAUUACGUGAGGCCAAUGCUCUCGACGUCCAUUUGCAGCUUCUCAUCCGCUGGAGGAUUUCUUUCUUCUUCAGAAUUAAAGUGGUUCCAUCAAGAAAUAAUAAACAGCCCGUUCUAGUCGUAUGGAAAGCCAUGGAGGUACAAUCAUGGAAGCACCUUCGUAAUGCUGAAGCGCACGCCGUGCCAUACUACGCUGCAAGGGUGCGGCAGUUCGCCUAUGCCUUAGGACACAGCGAGAACCUCAGUGACAGUUACGUCUAUCAGCUGCGGAAGGAUGAACUGAACGUCAUGACGCUUGUAGAACACGGAAGAAAGUAUCCGUUUUCGGAGCAUUUCUUCGGUCUUCAUCAAAUCCAGAAUCACACCAAAAACGUCACUACCGAAGAAUGGGUCUCUUUCAUCAACUCAAACUUACCACCUGAAUUACACCUUACCACCCACUCUAUGGUAGUUGUCCAUAGUCUUCCAGUGCUACACAUGCUCGGCAGGAUACUUGAGAUGGUACCUAACGAGCGUCUCCUCGUGUUACUGGGCUGGAUAUUCGUUCAAGAAUACGCCUGGAUGGCAUCAACUAACUUCGACAUAGUCACAUGGGGAAGCAAGCGGCAAGCUGAACAACACGCACCUGCAUUCUGUUUGCGACAGAUCGAGGACGCAUUCGGAAUUCUGCCUUGGGCGUCAUUCAUAUACAAGAACUUUCCAAAAACAGAGCGCGAUAAGGUGAACUCUGUCUUGGACAAUAUUGCAAGUACCAUUCAAGAGAUGCUCGAACGGUCUACAAUCAUCAGCAACGCCACGAAGCAGACAGCAAGCGCUAAACUUCAAAACGUGAAGCGUAUUCUUUGGCCUACGGAAACCUUCUUCAAUGAACAAGAGCUCGACGUCCUGUACUUGAGUUUCGAUCCAGCGAACGGAACUUUCUUCCAAGACUGGGUCCGAUCUAUGACAGACCUAGGCAAGCUUCUUGGUCACAACGAGUAUAUGAACUUGUACAGCAAGACCAUGAGCGACAAGGAGUUCGGUCCCAUAGUUUACCUGUAUUAUUUUAAUAUCCUUAAGCUGUCUAUGGCUGAACUUAUAUCCCCGCUUUACUAUCGCCAUGGCAACAUGGCGAUGACCUACGGUUCCUUGGGGACAUUGUAUGCAGUGUUCUUGAGCAAAUUUAUUGAUUCGCUCGGCCGUCAGAUCGAUGACGAAGGCCAAAAGAGAGAUUGGUGGGAGCCGCCUGUGUCCCAGAAGUGCAAAUCUUACGGUGAUAGAAGAAUGACCGAUCUGUUUGGAUUCGAGACCUCUUUCGAUGCAUUCAAGACAGCCCUCUUUGGGCAAAAGAACAAGGCAUUGAACUCUAGACUGGAUACCCUAAACAUGUAUACCGGAGAGCAGAUAUUUUUCCUAUCCGCUUGCAGACCUCUUUGUUCGCGAGGAGAGUUCGGGAGCUCAGCCAUGUCGCUGGUCAUGAAUUUCGAUGCAGAAGCGUAG